CCCCCGGAAAUCAUAAUCAUUAAAUGCCAUGGCGAGAGUUCGAAAGCCUUCUGUCGUAUUGCGUUUAGCUCUCUAUGGCUGCCCUAAUAGACCUUUUUUUCACAUCGUCGCGGGAAAAAGAAGGGCAGCUCGAAACAGAUAUAUAUACGAACAGCUUGGCGUUUAUGAUCCAAUGCCAAAUGAACAUAAUGAAAAAAUUGUGAGUCUAAAUAUUGAUAGGAUAAAAUACUGGCUUGCCCAUGGUGCAGAACCAAAGAAGCCUGUGUCAGUUCUUCUAGGUUUGGCUGGAAUUCUUCCGGUCCAUCCCUACAGCAUUGAGGUGGCAAGACGGAAUCGUGAGAACCCUAAAACAGGUGGUAAUGAAGAUAGCAUUCCUGAAGAUGAAGAAGAAAGUGAUUAGAGAAAGAAUAAGAGGGAUGAAGAAGAUACAGGGGGCUAGAGGUGGGGACAUGAGGAUAAAAUCAAAGGAAUAAAAUGAAACCUUGGAGUAGCAGCAAAACUGUCCCUGCAAACUAGCCUUGAGGGUGCCUGAAGAUCGAUUUAAAUACAAAAAAAUUGUAUAUACAUUCAGCCAAACGAAUUAACUCCUUACUAUUUAUGCUUUAGGUUUUUUGAAAGAGCCUUCAAAUUAUGUUCACUAGCCCACAUUGUUUUAAAUAUAGCCCUAGAAAAAAAGAUUAUUAUCAACAAUUAUAAGGGACUUCGAAUUGUGAAUGUUUCCACUCCACUAGUGGUUAUUUUAGGAUGCAAGGAGUGUGGAAA